AAUAAAAUGCGCACCUGGGACAAAACGUAAACUACUGAAUGAUGAUAUUACGAAAACAUUCUUACAGACAUUUUAAAUGUUAUACGUUAUUCCGAUAUGCUAUGGAAGCAGAAAUUUUGUAUAUUUUUCGUUUAUUGACGACACACUUUAUACAUAAAUUUGGAGUCGGCCGGGUAUUCCCAUGACUCACAAUAAAGAUCCCCAGAUCUCUACUUAUGCAUGCAUUCAUAUUUAUAAACAGAUGUAUUAUCUAUAUAUGCAUACAUCAUAUUAAAAGCAACCGGAGAGCAACGUACCCUUGCAUAUCUGUUUAGGAAACAUCCCAAUACAACUCUUACUCAUGCGUUUAGAGGGUUUGGAACAUUAAUCGAUAUGGCUUUGCGAUAUUUCAAAGUGAUAAUCGCUGCCACUGCAUGCCUUUUCGAUGUUAAGGUAUUGGUCAUGGGAGAGGAAUGCACAGAAUCGCAAUCAACUGUGGAGGCUGUCCAAGUUUGCCCCAAAACAGCUGCAGAGUGGGCGACUGCGGCAUCAAAGAAAGGUUGUCAUAACAUCAAAAACAGCUGCGGGUCAUUUGAGUACCACUGUGUGAUUAAUGCCUGGCAGAAUGAGACAAUAGAAGUGUGUUCUAAAGUUAUAAAUAUUGUAGGAAACGUCUGUGCAGAAUACAGUUUUGGUGGACGUAGAAUCCAACGCAACAGGGAUACAAAGUGCGCUACAUGUCCCUCUGUUUACAAAUCAAAUGAAACUUACAUAUAUUCAGAAUGUUACAGCCAAGCCCAUCAACGUCGAAAGACAGUAAGACCUAAAAUCAGCACGUCAUCUAGAGUAUAUACGACAAACGAGAGUAUAAUCUUGACAUCGUCACCAGUGUAUGUCGAUAUCCAGGCAGGGCUGACGUCAGAGUUAAAGAUCGCCCCUAACGUUAAUCAUACCAACGCAGAAAAUCAAAAUCUGGAAUCAUCCUACAGACAUGCAGUUCUACUUGGUGUGGGCAUAACCGGGGCUAUAACAGUUAUCAUCCUUUGCCUGAUAUUAGUUGUAUACAGAUUUUGCAAAGAUAGAGAAUAUUGUUCGUUGAAAGGUAUUUUUUCAACCCUGUUCAAAACAAAAUACGAAUCUCAGACACCAAGGCAGACAGUCAUCGAUGUUGAAUAUAAUGGAGGCAAACUUGAAGACGAGAGGUUCACAGAAGAACAUCCAUUGACAGUAGAUGAAGUCUGAGUGAUAUAGUAAAGGAUGUGCAUGUUGAGUGAAUAAUGGAAUAUCAAAAUAAACUGAUUAAUAACAACUUAAGAUUGACUAAUUAAUGGCAGUUAAACCUGACUGACUAAUGGCAGAUGACGAUUGACUGACUAAUGGCGGGUUGAAAUUGAAAUUGACAAUGAAGGACAAAUUUAAAGAUUAUGCACAAUAUCAUAAAGUUUUGGAUUGACUGAUUGAUGUCAAGUAGAUAUUGACUACCUGGUAUUAGAUAGGUUUAGUGAUUGAUGUUACAGAUUUCCUGAGUGAGGUUAAAUACAUAUUGACUGAGUGAUGUUAGCGAUUGAUUGAGUCAUUUUUAAAAAAAACUUGACUUAGUGAUGUUCGAUAUUGACUGAGUAUUGUUAAAGAUUGACAAUGUGAUGUUAGGUAGAGGUUGACCGAGUGAUGUUAAAGAUUGAGUAAUGCUAGAGAUUGACUGAGUGAUGUUAAAGAUUGACUAUGUGAUGUUAGAGAUUAACUGUGUGAUGUUAGAGAUUGACUGUGUGAUGUUAGAGAUUGACUGUGUGAUGUUAAAGAUUGACUGAGUGAUGUUAGUGAUUGACUGAGUAAUGUUAGAUAUUGACUGAGUGAUUUUAGAGAUUGACUGAGUGAUGUUAGAGAUUGAGUAAUGUUAGAGAUUGAUUGAGUGAUGUUAAAGUUUGACUGAGUGAUCUUAGAGAUUGGCUGAGUGAUGUUAGAGAUUGACUGAGUGAUGUUAGAGAUUGACUGAGUGAUCUUAGAAAUUGACUGUGUGAUGUUAGAGAUUGACUGUGUGAUGUUAUAGAUUGACUGAGUGAUGUUAAAUAGAGAUUUUAAUGACUGGUGUUCGAAGAAUGUUUGACUAAGGGAUAAUAUACUAAUGAUAGAUCAAAAUUUUGACUGGUGACAGCAAUAUUUCGUGUCUUUGCAUUUUUUACCACUUACCUGUUUGAAGCUAUCCAUUUUGUUACACCUGUUUUUUUGUUGUUGUUGUUAAUCUUUAACGUGGAAAAAAUGUACCAGUACCAUAUUGUGUUAAAAUAAAUGAACUGCAAAUUGAAA